AUGAAUUCCUCUUAAAAAUUAAAGGAAUCUCAAAUUCCAGAAAAGGAGAAAGAUAAAAAUAAGACACAAAAAAGUAAAGAGGAUGCUAAAGAGGCUCUCAAAAAAAUUGUUGAAUAAGCUCGUUAAGCAAUAUUAGAGAAUAAGCUUAAUGUAACUUUAAUGCAAUAAUAAAGGCCACAGAAGAAGUUCAUAAAGCCAUGAUUGAAUACAAAGAGAUUUUGGGAGGUGAAAAUAGUGUUUUAUUACUUCCUGGUUUAUUUAUAUAGGCAGAAGCAUAUAUAGCAGAAGGCAAAUUGAAAAAAGCUGAAGAAUUUCUUUAAGCUGCUUAUUGGAAUCUGUAUCAAUAUAAUAAACCAAAAGAAAAAGGAAGUGAAGAUGGCAAUAAAAUGGGUUAAGAUAUAUCAGAAAAAGAGAAUGCUGAGUAUAAUGGUCAGUUGCAUAAAAUAUUUUCAAAACUCUAUUUUGCUUAAAAAGAUUACAAAAAAGCAUUAGCAGAAUUAACAAUAGGAGUAAGUUUGUUUUUAGAAUAUUUUGAAUAGAUUUAUACAGAUUCUUGCAGUUCUGAUCCAGAACAUCCAUAGACAAGUUUGAAUUAUUAUUAUAUGGGAUAAAUUUUCUAAUAAAAGAAAUAAACCUCAGAAGCUGAAUAAUUUUAUGCAAAAGUAAUAUAUUUAUAUAAUUUUAGACUUCUUAAUGUUGGUAUAAAUAUUUAAAGAGAUAUUAUCAAUAUGGCACUCCAUCAAGUGAAAAUCUACCAGAAGAAGUAAUUUUUAAAGAAUCUUUGCAAGUUCUGAAAUCAAUUGAAGGUAUUUAUUUUUUAAUAAUAUUAAGAAUAUUUCAGAAAACACAUAGAUGAAAGUAAUAUCAAAUUAUACAUAAUACCAAUCACUUAAAACUUAUAGGCAUAAGCUUUUGUUUAUAAAAAAUUAAAUAAUGAAGAAUAAUAUAGACAUUAUAUGGGAUUGGCUUAUCAAGAAUUUCUUAUGUAAUAUGGUGAAAAUCAUAAAAAAACAAAGAAGGUGACAGAAAUUUAAGAAAUUAUUAAAUAAAGGGAAAGAGAUUAUUGA